CUGUGUUCCUCCCCUUCCCCAGUACGGAUGGCAGGUGAGACAGCUGAGCGCAGGGUCAGCCCCGAGCGAGACGCCUCCAGGGAGCGAGACAAGAAACGGUCCCGAUCCCGUUCCCGGGAAAGAAAACGCCAUCGAUCACGGGAGAGAAAGCGGUCAAAAUCACCAGACAGGGACACUGACAGGGAGCGUCACCAUGGCAAAGUGAGAGAGCGGGUGAAGAAGGAACAUGAUCGGGAAGGCCACAGGAAAGGGAGGAAGAGGUCCCGGUAAGAGGGCAGAGGGCUGUGUGUGUCUGUAUGU